AUGGAUUUUGAUUUAUAUACUUUGGAAUAUGAUGAUGAAGGAAUUCCAACAAAAACCUCCGAAAUGCAAAAGGAGAAGUGCAAUUAUAUAAAAUGUCUUAGAUCAAGAACCGUAGAUUGGAAUCUUGGUGAUCAUAUUGGUUUUCUUUCAAAUUUAAUUAAUAAAUCAUCAGUGAAAGGUCAAAGAUCCGAGUCUAUAAUACCAGUUUAUGCAGCAUAUUCAUUAGCUGCAUUUCCAAUUCUUGGAAUUGAUCAAAGUGAAAAAUUUCCAAUGGUGCGUUCAAAAAUGGAACAGUUUUUAUCACACAGAAUGACAGAGUCAGGCCAAUUUUCUGGAUUUUCAGAGGAUAAUUGCAAUAUUAUUACAAACUUGCAAGCAAUUACAGCCUUAUCCAUAUGUGGCGAUGAAAAUGCAUAUAAGUUAAUAGAUAGAUCCAAAAUGUAUAACUUUCUUAUGAGUCUGAAGCAAAAUGAUGGUUCAUUUUCAGCUUCACUAGAUUCUGAGAUAGACUUACGCUCUACAUACGCUGCACUUGCAAUUGCAAACAUUCUCAACAUUAUGACACCCGAAUUAACAAAAGAUGUUCUUAAAUUUACUAAAAGUUGCUUUAAUUACGACGGAGGCUUUUCUCCUACCCCAUUUUGUGAGUCCCAUGGCGGUUUUGUCCAUUGUGGUGUCGGAAUCCUAUACAUUUUGAACGCGUUAGACGAAAUCGACCUAAAUUUAGUUGUCAGAUACAUUGCAAUGCGUCAAGAUGAGUUCGCAGGAGGUUUUAAUGGCCGCACGAACAAACUCGUUGAUUCCUGCUACUCCUGGUGGAUGGGAACAGCCGCCAGAAUCAUUUCAAACCAUUUGAAAAUCCCUGAAUUUUGGAAUGUCGACGCCAUGUCCCAAUACAUUCUCAGGUCGUCACAGAUACACAGUGGAGGGUUCUGUGACUCCCCUCCAAACGAUCCUGAUCCUUUACACACUUGUUAUUCAAUGGCCGGCCUUUGUGUUGUUGGAUCUGGCGAAAGAGUUAAAGUGGUUUUGCCUGUUUUAGAUUUGACUAUUCCUGCUCCAAAGGAAUCUGUCGAUAGAAUGAAAAAAUACUUCUCUGACCAAGGAGUUUUUGUUUAUAAAUAA